UUUUCCGUCUCUCGGCACACUUCAUGACAGCAUUUGCGACCAUUUUGCUGACGUGCUUGUGUGUCUGAGUGGAGCUGAGGUUUAAAGAAUAAAUAUAUACACGAAAAUAAACCUCAUUCGGCAAUGGACGGCAUUGCCACUGAUGUUGCAGUUGGCGUGAAGAGAGGCUCAGAUGAAUUAAAUCUCUACAGCACCAGCCCUAACUCUGUGACUGCUAACGGCAAUGACAGCAGUAAAAAACUGAGAGUAGAGGACAGGAUGGAGAGUCCCCCAUCCCGGGUGCUCCACAUCCGGAAGCUGCCCAGUGAGGUGUCUGAGACGGAGGUCAUCGCCCUGGGCCUACCGUUCGGCAAGGUCACCAAUAUCCUCAUGCUGAAGGGCAAAAAUCAGGCGUUCCUCGAGCUGGGUACAGAGGAGGCGGCCGUUACAAUGGUGAACUACUAUACGGCAGUGACGCCUCAGGUCCGCAACGUCCCAGUGUUCAUCCAGUUCUCUAACCACAAGGAGCUCAAGACAGACAGUGCUCUCAACCAGCGUGCACAGGCUGUCCUCCAGGCAGUGUCGGCGGUUCAGGAGGGUGGCUCUCCCAACUCUGACACCAGUGCGCUGGAUAGUGUUCUUGCGCAGGCCCCCAGCCCUGUGCUCAGGAUAAUCAUUGACAACAUGUUCUACCCCGUCACUCUGGACGUCCUCCAGCAGAUCUUCUCCAAGUUUGGAACAGUCAUGAAGAUCAUCACGUUCACCAAGAACAAUCAGUUCCAGGCCCUGCUUCAGUUCAGCGAACCAGUCAACGCCCAGCAAGCCAGACUGUCCCUGGACGGCCAGAACAUCUACAACUCAUGCUGCACACUGCGGAUCGACUUCUCCAAACUGGUCAACCUCAAUGUCAAGUACAACAACGACAAGAGCCGCGACUACACCCGGCCCGAGCUGCCCGCCGGCGAUGGCCAGCCCUCCCUAGACCCUGCCAUGGCUGCCGCACUUAACAAGGACUCCUCCCUGCUUGGUACCCCCUCAGGAAUGGUAGCUCCCUACUCUAGCGGUGGAGGGUUUCAGUCUUCUCUCUCCUACUCGCAGGGCGGAGGAGCCAUCAGUCCUCUGAGUGCUGCGGCCGCAGCGGCGGCCGCUGCGGGGAGGGUGGCGCUCUCCGGACACUCUGGCUGCAGCGGUGUGCUCCUGGUCAGCAACCUCAACGAAGAGAUGGUUACGCCCCAAAGUCUGUUUACCCUCUUCGGGGUGUACGGUGAUGCUCAGCGCGUGAAGAUCCUCUACAAUAAGAAGGACAGUGCUCUCAUCCAGAUGUCGGACGGGAACCAGGCCCAGCUCGCAAUGAGCCACCUGAACGGCCAGAAGAUGUUCGGGAAGAUAAUCCGUGUGACACUCUCCAAGCAUCAGACGGUGCAGCUGCCCAGGGAAGGGCUGGAUGACCAGGGCCUAACCAAGGACUUCACCAACUCCCCCCUGCACCGCUUCAAAAAGCCAGGCUCCAAGAACUUUCAGAACAUCUUCCCUCCGUCCGCCACGCUCCACCUCUCCAAUGUCCCGGAGGACGUGACUGAGGAGGAUCUGAGACAGCUGUUCUCUAACGCAGGUGGCACUGUGAAGGCAUUCAAGUUUUUCCAAGGCCACAAAAUGGCGCUACUCCAGAUGUCUACAGUCGAGGAGGCCAUCCAGGCCUUGAUGGACCUCCACAACUACGACAUGGGCAGCAACCACCACCUGAAGGUCUCCUUCUCCAAGUCAACCAUCUAGAUGAACCACGCCAUCACAACCCACCCCAACCCCUUCUCUGACAAAUCUCAAUGUGUGGUUCUCACCUGUUCAGUCCCCUCGGGAGACCACAAUGAUACUCACCUCCUAGGGAAAACAUUUGAACCAGUCAUUCCUUUUUAGACAAUAUUGAUUAUCAAAAGCCCUCCACUCUAGAUGUGACGGUAGUUUCUACGAUGUCAUUGUCGUAAAACAUCACCUGUCUAGGUCCCCUUAUCCCUCUCCGCCUUAGUUUGUGUGGUUGGCAAGCUCCCUCCCUAUGUUCUUCACGAGAAUGAAUUGGAUUCCCUAUUUUUCUUAGAAUGAAUCAGCGAAAAUGUGCCUUACUCAGCAAAAUAUUCUCAUCGUUUUGCCUCCUUACGUUUCUAAAAGUGAUAGAGGUCUAGGCACAUUCUGUUUGGUUGUGGUUUCUGUUUUGUUUUCCCCUCCCCUUUUACAUUACUUGACGUUCACCCAUUUGAAAUGUAGAUUUAAUAGUUUUGCUUUUGCGCUUUGUUGAUGAUUAACCUGAUUUAGCGUCUUAGAUAAGGAAGCCCAUCUCUAUUCAGUUGGUUGGGUUGUUUUGUCCCAAACAAGACAAGGCAAGGCCAAUUUGUCCGGGUUGAGAAUGAUUACUGUAAAGGCUGUUGACGCCAUUGUACACUUCACCUGCUAAGGAUGACUGCUUAGAUGUUCCCUUACUGACUGUAAAUGCUGUCUAAAUGUUUUUCAAACCUUACUUGCGUAUGUCAAUGUUCCCCUUUUUUGGUCAUUUUUUUUUUCUUCCUUUGAUUGAAAAUGGCAAUGACUCUCUUUGAGCAUGUACUAAUGGGUCAUGGUAGUAGUGAAGACAUGUUGCUGUUGCAUGCGUCCAACAUCCAGAUGGGCAAUGUGUUCACUGGUCAAAGUGCAGUAUGAUUGUACAUGAGGACGGACUACCUGUUGGGACCAAAGUAAAUGUGCCUAUAGUCCUACUUUACAAUUGAAUUUAAAAGAUAACUAUUUUACAAAAACAAAUGUGGAUUAUGUGUUUGAUAGGGGAAAAAUACAAAUCAAAAUCAAAACCCUCGCAGAAUGUUUCUCCUUGAUUUCAAUAAUCUUCUGUGGUGUUUUUUGGUCAAGAAUUACCCUUAAACUACACAACUUCAGUUGAAGCAACAACAACAAAAAGAUUGGAAUGUGUGGGGAAAAGUUAUCAAUAUUUUCUACAUGGAUUGAGUUUUUACAUCUCAAUUGUAAUUAUCAAUAUAGUUUGGAAAAAGGCACGAUUAAAAGCUCAUUUUCUACCGAGUGAGUCCAUGUUUGAUGGUUCCUGCUGUGUGUACCUACUCUGAUUUACAUCUGUAGCAUGCUCAAUAAACUUUCCUGUAGCUCUAUUCACCC